UCCUGAGUACAACCAAUUGCAAACACUUAGCGUAAAAAACCUAUAUCAGAAAAUGACGUUGCAAAACUUGACUCAAGAGCAUUUUCAAAAACUUGGUGAGCUCAGGCGACUUGACUUAGCCGGUAAUAAUAUGAAAAUUUUGAACGAAAAUGUCUUUGCAACACUUACGCGUUUGAAUUUCCUGAACUUGAGCCACAAUGGAAUCGUGGAGUUAUUACCAAAUCAAUUUGCUAAACUGGGUAAACUUAUAAUACUGGAUCUUAGCUACAAUUCGUUGACAUAUUUAAGACCUAAUCUUUUCGAACAAACUCCUUUGUUAUGGCAGUUAAAUCUCAAAGACAAUCAGUUGCACGACACAACAAAUAUUAUAAAAAUUCUGAAACCCUUGAAUUUUCUACAUAUGCUAGACUUAAGCGAUAAUAAACUGCGAACGAUUUGGGGCAGUGCGAGUUACGCCAAUGCUCCAGCUACAAUGGCUACAAAUUUACAUUACAGCAAUAUGCCUAUGACCUUGGCUUUAGCAGAAGGACUGAAUUAUAUCAGCACAUUGCUACCUAACGAAAGCAAGCGUAAGGUAAAAAUAAUAAAUUUAAGUCGCAAUCUUCUGAGUGGGUUUAAUAUGGAUUGGAUUUUUGAAAUCGGAAUGACAUGCCCUUUCGAAAUUAACUUUCAACAGAAUUUGAUUAAACACGUAUAUGCUUUAUCGAAUUUACUCGAUACAACUAACGACUGUAAAGGCGAAAUCAUAAUGACUGGCAACCAUAUCGAAUGCGAUUGUAAACUAGCAUGGAUUUACAAUAAUAACUAUAGCAGGUUUUUUAGUGAUUUGCAGUGUAAUCAGGCGUCAAACAAGCUACCAACGAAUUUCACACAGCUUCGACGGCAUGAGCUGUGUACUUGGCAGCCGGUGCAAUGUCCCAGAAAUUGUGUUUGUUCCACAAAAUCUGAAUUGCUGCACAUCAACUGCACAGGCGCACAACUUGACGUUAUCGAAGAGCUGCCAUGUCCCGAACAGGUAUUGCUCACGACUUCGUUACUCGAUAUUAGCAAUAAUCGUUUCACUAAUCUGCCGCUAAGCACCACCUUCUGCUACGCCAACGUUUCACAGCUUUACGCCGCGAACAAUCAAAUCACCAAUAUAAGUCUCUUGGAACUUCCAACCGAUUUGACGGUUUUGGAUCUACGAAAUAAUCGCUUAAAAUCGUUAAGUGCUGAUUUUUUACGUGUAUUUCUCAAUGAGAGCACGAAGCUACAGCUUCUGUAUCUCAGUGCGAACCCUUGGCUUUGCGACUGUGCUUCAAAUCAGCUUCUCUACACCGUACGUGCACAUAGGCAACGCAUACCCGAUGUUGAGCAGUUACGCUGUGAUAACAAACCGAAUGUUACUCUCCUAACAGCAAGCCUGAGCGAAUUGUGCCAAACUGAGGACAGCGUUAAACGUUAUCAGUACAUGAUUGCAACUAUCAUAACUGCAGCGUUAAUCAUAAUUAUUUUCCUUCUUAUUAUUGCACUCUUCUUCAAAUAUAAAUUACAAGUUAAAAUCUGGUUAUAUGGUCACAACAUAUUGCGUUGUUGCAUUCGGGAAUACGAGCUGGAUGAGAAUAAAACGUUCGACGCGUUCAUCUCAUAUGCGCACCAAGAGGCUGACUUUGUCAACCAUUUAUUAGUGCCACAACUCGAGCAAGGCGAACCACCAUUUCGUGUAUGUACGCAUGAACGUAAUUGGCUAGCUGGCGCUUAUAUACCUGAACAAAUCAUCGAAUCGGUCGAACAGUCGCGACGCACGAUCAUUGUGCUCUCGCAGCACUUCAUCGAAUCUGAGUGGGCGCGCAUGGAGUUUCGCACAGCUCACCAGUGCUCGCUGAAUGAAGGUCGUGCACGUAUAAUUAUGAUUAAAUACGGUGAAAUUAUCAACAGUGAGUUAUUGGAUAAGGAAUUGAAGGCAUAUUUGGAUAUGAACACAUACUUGGAUUGGCAAGAUGCCAGAUUUUGGGAUAAACUACGCUAUGCCAUGCCACAUAAAGUGGAUAGGAAACCAAACACCGAUAUGCUUGAAGUUAACGGCCGGAUGUACGUUAUGGGGCAUGUUGAGAUGAAUCGUUUGCGUGGUGAGAACGCUUAAAUUGGUUGGAUGUAGUCUUGAUGGGCUUGAAU